UGCCCUCACUUGACCCCACCGCCAUCUCGAGAAAGAUCAUGGACCAGCAGUUGCCACCUGUCAGUACCCUCCACGGCUCCGAAGAGGGAGCACGACCUCCACUAAGGCUUCCUCUUCAUCCUGGAAACGAGUUGUACUUUGCUGCUCAGCUCAAGACCGUUGCUGAGGUGCUUGUGGCGUGAAGCAUGGGAGAAAUAAAGGCAGCGGCGGUGGUGGCUGUGUUGGGGAUGAUGAUGGUCUUGGGAGGCACAGGAUCUCAGGCCUUCACGUUGCCAUCCCCUUGGGGAUACCAGUGCACGAACAACACGUGCGUCAAGAAGCUGGCUGAUGGUACACUGCCGUUGGCCACACUGAACGAGUGCAAACUGACCUGUGGCAAGAUGGGUGUGUUGUGGCCACAGCCAACAGUAGCGUCUCUGGGCCGCGAGGUGGCAUACUUUUUGCCCUCUAAUGUGGUGCUGCAGCCUUCCUGCCGCGGGGAGGCGUGUUCCUUGAUGCAGGAGGCCUUUGCUGUCUUCCGAGACAACCUCGAGCGUUAUCACCCACUUUAUAGCAAUGGAAAAGCGCCUUGGAUGCAGCCCUGGCAGCCAGACGCAAUGGCGCACAGCCUCGUGGUCAAGAUAACGGUGACCAGCUCUGAGGUGAAGAUGAGCCUGGACACCCAAGAGGACUACCAGCUGGAGGUGAAAACGGCAGGAGGCGUCACCACUGCCACCAUCAACGCCAACACUUUCUUUGGGGCGCGCCAUGCACUUGAGACCCUCACUCAACUCAUCGAGUAUCAGGAGACCCGCGGGCUGCUGAUGGUUGUCACCACUGCUUCGGUGAGGGACUCGCCGGCCUUCCCUUACCGAGGACUGCUGCUCGACACGUCAAGAAAUUUCAUCAGUGUUGCGGCGCUCAAACGCACGCUAGAUGGUAUGGCUGCCUGUAAGCUGAACACACUGCACUGGCACAUCACAGACACGCACUCCUUUCCACUGUACCUCGAAAAGCUGCCAAACAUGGUGUAUUACGGAGCCUAUUCCUCAGAGCAAGUAUAUUUUCCCGCUGACGUGCGUGAAAUCAUACACUAUGCCAGAGUGAGAGGCAUUCGUGUCUUGCCUGAGUUCGAUGCCCCGGCUCACGUUGGCAAUGGAUGGCAGUGGGGAGAGAUGCAAGGCCUCGGCAAACUGGCGGUGUGCGUCAACAAGGAGCCGUGGCAGAGUUACUGUGUGGAGCCUCCGUGUGGUCAACUCAACCUGGCCAACCCGAACAUCUACAGCGUGUUGGGGCAGGUUUACAACGAGUUUGUGGAUGUGUUUGGUCCCAUUGAUCUCUUCCACUAUGGAGGCGAUGAGGUCAACCUCAACUGUUGGAACACAACGGAUGAAAUUACUUCCUGGAUGACGAAGAACGGGUAUGGCCUUCAUGCUGACGCUUACUACCAGCAGUGGAGCAUCUUCCAGGAGAAGUCCCGCAAACUAUUGACAACCGCGAACAAGGGCGUGGAGGUACCGGGCAUCCUGUGGACAUCCCACCUGACAGAGGCGGGGCGCGUGGACCGUUUCCUCAACAAUUCGCAGUAUAUCAUUCAGGUGUGGACCACGGGCCAAGAUCCACUCAUCGCCGAACUGCUGCAGAAGGGUUACCGUCUCAUCUUCAGUAAUUACGACGCCUGGUACCUAGACUGUGGUUUCGGGGCAUGGGUGGGGGAGGGCAACAAUUGGUGUAGCCCCUACAUUGGUUGGCAGAAAGUGUACGACAACAGUCCGCACCAGAUGGCACUCAAUCUCACCAAGUCCACAUAUGCCAAUCUCAUCCUGGGCGGCGAAGCGGCGCUUUGGACUGAACAGGUGGACGACCACAACCUGGAUGCCAAGCUGUGGCCGAGAGGAGCAGCGUUAGCUGAGCGGCUGUGGUCCAACCCAGCUACCGGAUGGGAGGAAGCAGAAUUCCGUCUGAUCCACCACCGCCAGCGCCUGGUGAAGCGUGGUGUCCCGUCUGAGAGGAUUCAGCCCCAGUGGUGCCACCAAAACGAGGGCCUCUGUUAUCUAUAAUUAUUGGUGGUGAUAGGAUCCAGAGAAAGUUGCACCACCACAAAUAGGGGUCUUGUUAUAAAUUGACCCACUGUUGUUUGCAAUGUGUUCUGUCAUCUGAUUGUGCUGGUCAUUAAAGUGUACAAGUGUAGCCUUGGCUUAUGGCUAAGCACUGGCUGCCAUAAUAUAUGUAGCCACAGUGAUGGCCGGUUGCGGUGCUUUCUUCUGCUAUCUGAGCUAUACUAAUUAGCGUUUUUCCCCACAUCAUAACAAUUUUUAGAGGUUACAGUGGUUAUUAAUCAAUGAGGUUUUCAAGGAUAUGUUUUUCAUUGAUGGUAUACAAUCCUUAGUCCAUCCUCAGAAUCAUGAAAACUCCCCUCAAAACUUCAAUAAACUCUACUGACGCCGACUGAAUGGAGCUGACGUGAAAACCCAAGAAAUUUUAAGAGACAGUAAAUGUUAUCAAAUCUGUUUUUUGCAUCUCAGACAUUGAGGUUUGUCGUAGAAGUAAACCACGAGUUUGAAUAAAAUGUUUCCCACAUGAAAAAAAAAAA